AUGACUAGUACUUGGAAACCGUUCAUUUAUAUUCAUCAAGAACGACAAAAGAUUUCUUGCAGUGGUAAUAAUGCGUCUGUUCGAUGUACUUUUUAUCCUGUUGGAGACUUUGAAUAUAAGACAGGAGUUGCAUCUGUUGGAUCUGAGUUAGUUGAGGAUGAUUCUUCUGUUUUGGAACGGUACCAUGGAGUUUAUCGUUCUAACCCUGGUGCUUUGUCGCAAAGAACUAUUAAAUUGGAGAAGGAGUAUCGCUCUUCUAAAUUGCCUUGUAAUAAAGAAGCAACAUAUUUUCUUUUUGGUAAUAGUGGGUUAAAGAAAGGGAGUGUGAUUGGUAAUUUAAUUGUAGAUUAUGAAAUUCAUAUGAGUAACAAGUAUAUUUAUAAGGAAAAAAAUGUGGAUGGUGAUGAUAGUGAUUAUAGUGACAGCUGA